AUGCCACCUUACCCAACAACAAAGGUCUCCCUUUUAGGACUCGACCGCAUCUGCUCAAUCCCCGUUCGAGCAUGUGAAACCCGCCCCACUGGCUCUAGCUACAGCGUCAUCACUGGUGUGGACGCCUCACUAUCGAACGACCAAAUACGGCUGGCCAUCAGGUCCAGUCCAGCAGUCAUCGCUGCGAGGCAGAUAAAGAAGGACGGUGGUGCUGUGCGGCUCACCUACGCUGGGGCCGCGAAGCCGCGUGAGGUCAGCCUCCAUCUCCUGACCAUGCGUGUAAAACCCUACCUACCGCCGACGCCGCAAUGUUACAACUGCCAGAGGCACGGACACGUGGCAGUGUGCUGCACUCGUAAAAGUAUCGGUGCCAAAUGUGGAACGUCCCACGACUCCCCCGACUGCCCUCAGAGCGUCCCCAAGUGCGUCAACUGCCAAGGCAGCCACCAAGAACGCUUGCGCUCCAACAGCAGCUACCGGGAGGCCAAGGCCAAGAUUCACAGCGAAGAACGCCGCAGGCACAGUAGACGACGGAAGGGGCGGCACCGGGCGGGCUCUAGGUCCGCUGACCAGGCAGCUGGAAGGCCACCUAUAUGGGACAUGGGUGACUUUCCCCCUCUGCCUCCUUUGGCCUCUCAAGACGGCCCUCUCACAGCACCGAUCCCCAUCACCACGACCACCCCAAUAACGACGUCUGAAGCAGGAAGCGGUCAGGCAACUUAUACACCGAAAUUCCGCCGAGAGCCUCCGGCCCAAACAACGGCCCACGACUCUGUUGAUAUGCAGAUGGUGGUGGUUAAGCUGCUCUUUGCAACUCUGAGGGCCAUCACCACUGCAUGGCCCGAGUGCAAAGCGCUCCCGGAAGUCCGAUCGAUCUUGCACUCCGCUGCCGCUGCCACUCUUUCUCAUGCCGCAUGGCAGUACAAUAUCAAACGACCACGAUUUUCUAAUGGAACGCAAGAAGCCUUCAGACGAAGCUCUGAGAGUUCUGCCAAAUGUGGGAUUCGGGACGGCUUUCGCCUACCCAACUACAUCACCUUCGUGUCGCAGCCCAACAACGCUAGAAGCCGAGCGGCCAUUUUCGUCCGAUCAGACAUACCGGCUGUGAACAGGUCCCGUGUAGAAACAACGACCCCAUAUGACGUGAGUAACCUCAGGAGCAUCCUGGACGGCCUGACACCGCCGUUUGUGUUAUGCGGGGACUUUAACGCCCUCCACGUCAGCUGGGGGAUCGCACGCUCGGAUUCACGGGGAGAACGACUCGCUGUGCUCUUCGAAGAGAUGGACCUCCACCUCCUCAAUGAUGGCUCCCCGACAUUUGUGCAGUCCCCUCUGAUAUCAUCAUGCUUGGACCUCACAGCAGUGUCUGGCUCGAUUGCACCACGCUUCACCUGGCAGGUCGACGCCGACUCCCUUGGAAGCGAUCACCUUCCACUGCUAAUCAACGUCCGCGGCGCGCUAGGGGCUCAGCUGAAGUGCACGGACAGAAAGACUAACUGGAGCAACUAUAGGGCUGCCUUCGAGUCUAGUUCCGCUGAUCUUAGGGACGCUAGUCACCACGACUUCUGCCGCGCGGUGGUCGGCGCCACUCGCAGUGCCACAAGUGUCUUCCAACUUCCCGUGAAAUUUGCCACCGUCGAUACAGAGUGCGCUAAGUUGCGUGCGAUACGCCGAAGGGCUGAAAGACGCGCCCGCCGCUCCCGUCUCCCCGCCCACAACAAAGAGGCCAAACGAAUACAGAAAGCGUUUCAGAGGCACCUCUACAAAUGGGCUAGGGACCACUGGAGGAGCUUCGCUUCGUCCCUAGCUUCGCGCACACCGCUAUCCCGAGUCUGGACGGUGCUAAAAAGGCUAGCCAAGCCGGUUACCCAACGCAACCCGUUCCGGUCACUGUCUUUGGCCACGGGUCGCUCAGAGAUGCAGCUGGCCGAGGAAUAUUGUGGCAGACUAACAUCGUUGCCUACCGACAGUUUAACGUCUGCUCGAGACAUACCUGUGGCCUAUGUCCUACCGGCGGAACCUUCGCUCGAUCAUAUGUUCUCGCUCCCUGAGCUGGAAUCAGCCUUGAGACAUUCAUCCCUGCAUACCUCCCCAGGCGCUGACCAGAUCACCUACAAGGCCCUACGUAAUCUUCCGUUGCGCGGACGCCAUCAUCUUCUGCAAAUUGACAAUGAUUCGUGGCGCACAGAGACGGUGCCUCCAGACUGGAAGUCCGCAAUGCUUGUCUUUAUCCUAAAACCCGGUAAAUCACCUGAUGAUAUUGACUCCUUCAGGCUGAUCGCCCUCACCAGCUGUUUGUCGAAGACGAUGGAGCGCAUGAUUCACUCACGGCUAAGCUGUUUUUUUGAAAGAAUGCGGUACUUCCCGGAGGUCAUGGCUGGAUUCCGGCAGGGCAGGUCAGCCAUCGACAGCGUGAUCGAUAUCGUCUCUAGUGUCCAGCAAGCGCGGUCUGAAGGGCAGCUCACAGCAGCAAUUUUCUUAGACGUCAUGAAAGCAUACGAUAGUGUCUUCCACAGCGCCGUCGUCGCAACUCUGCAAGAGUCUGGUGCAGGCGCCCGAGUCGUCUCCUGGGUCCGGGACUUCCUAUCUGAUCGCACCCUUUUUGUGCGCACUGCUCACGGCGAUACAGCUCCCUUCCCUGUAAGCCGUGGGGUGCCGCAGGGCAGCAACCAGAGAGACGCGAUUCAGCAGCGCCUGCAGCAAGCCCUCGACGUCAUUGAGAUAUAUCUCGCCGACAGAGCCCCACGUGCCUCCACAAGCAAAACAGUCGCCAUGACGUUCACCAACCGCUCAUUUAAAAACUACCCACUCUACGUCGCGGGAACGCCACUUGAUUUCGUCCCCCGCUACAAAUAUCUCGGGGUCAUCGUAGACAAACGGCUGUCAUGGUUCCAGCACAUCAAGGCCCUCUCUACCACGACGAAGAAAUUCGUGAACGUGCUACGGCGCAUCUCUGGAGCGUCGUGGGGUCCCUCGUGCAACGACCUCCGACACGUCCAUAACGCACUUGUGCUGGGGCUGCUACGGUACCACCUCCCAGCGCUCCACGGGAUCAGUAGGACAGGUGAGCGGGACCUCCUCAACGUCCAAGCGCGCGGCCUCCGGGUAUGCCUUGUACUGCCACGCACGGCUGAAACCUACACCGUACUUGUGGAGGCGCAAGAGACGCCCGUGCAUAUUCUACGGGACAGAGAGACGCUCCGCAUCUUUGCGCGCUUCCUCACGCAGCACCCUUGCCACUACCUGCUGUCCAUUGAGGAUGCCCGCCCCCCAUCGGCCUUUGGCGGCGGCGUCCGCCGGCUUAAGGCUAUCCUCCCGGAUCGCUUCUCAGGCGUAUCCUACGCCCCUCCUUUAUGGGCCCUCGCCAAGCCCCAGGUAUUGACGAGCGUCCCUGGCCUAGGACGGAAGAGGGAGACGCCGUCAGCCGUUGCGCGCCAGCUCGUCUGCGAACACCUAUCGGCGCAGCAUCAACAGCGUCAAGCGAUCUAUACAGACGGAUCGGUAAAACUUGAUGGGGCCACUGCAGCCAUCUACGUCCCGCAAGGUAACAUCGAGCAAGUUUUCAGGCUCUCCUAUACCACCUCCUCCACCGAAGUCGAGCUCUUCGCAAUCCACGCGGCCCUCAGGCACAUCACAACAUCGCCUCCAGGAACCUGGACGAUCCUGUCGGACAGCAAAGCGGCACUGGAGACACUCGACUCCCACUGCACCAAAACAACCGACGACCUACACACAAUGGCAAUGUCCCUAGCCAACACCGCCCUUGCUUCCUGGCACAAUAUAUGUCUCCAAUGGAUACCCAGCCACAUUGGCCUCGGCGGGAACGAUCGAGCAGAUGCUGCGGCCAAGUGUACACACGAACAACGCGACGCCGCGGCGCACAUACCGCUCACCCCUUCGGCCUGCCGCAUCCAUAUCCGCCGCUGGGCCGCCCAAGAGGGGCGGUGCUUCAUUCGAGAAUCCGCCCGUUUCAACGACUUCCUUCGCUCCAUCAACCCGGCGGUGGAGUUCUCCCCACCACGACGUCUCCAACGACCACAAGAGACACUCCUCCACUGGCUGCGCCUCAACUUGGCAUACACGUCACCGGUCCAGCGCAUGAUGGGGAGGCAGAUCUCGGCCCCUGCGGCGUUUGCGAAGUGGUUGCGGACACAUCGUACCUCCUGCUGA